CGCCAAAAGGAACAGAAGUGAAGUGACGUUUCGUCUUGUGCGUGAAAAAUUUUUUACCGGUUACUCUCACUUCUUUUUUAAAAAAAUCCUUUUUGCAUAUUUGAAGGGAGUAUUUUUUCUCAAUUGCUUCUGACAAUUUUCUUAAAUGUUAUCAAUACACAAAACAUUUAGGAACUUUUUUAGAAAUUUCGUUUCACGACGAGAUUCUAAAAGAACAUUCACAGUUUGCGUCGAGGGCAAUAUAGGUAGUGGAAAAACAACAUUUUUAAAUAAUUUUAAAAUUUACAAUAACACUGCCGUUCUUCAAGAACCCGUUCAACUUUGGCGCAAUGUUGCUGGAGAAAAUUUAUUGGAAUUAAUGUAUAAAGACGCGGAUCGUUACGCUUGUUUAUUUCAGUCCUACGUACAAUUAACAAUGGUUCAAUUGCACGCAUUAAACACUUCACAACCUUAUAAAGUAAUGGAGAGAUCUGCGUAUAGUGCACGACUAUUUAUCGAAAAUAUGAAGCGUAAUAAAACAUUAAAAGACGUUGAAUUAUACGUUUUAGAAGCAUGGUACGAUUGGUCCAUUCAAAAUUGUGAUAUUGAAACCGAUUUAAUUGUUUAUUUGAGAACAUCGCCUGAAAUUGUUUACAAACGAAUGAGGGAACGAGCGAGGAAAGAAGAAGACUGUGUGUCUCUUGAAUAUUUAAAACAAUUGCAUCAAAUUCACGACGAAUGGCUUUUAGAGAGAAAAAUAUUUUCCCUCCCAGCGCCUGUAAUUGUUUUGAAUGGCGACAAAAAUUUAGAGGAUAUGAUGUCUGAAUUUAAUAUUUGUAAGGAGAGUAUCUAUAAGAAACAAAAUUCCUGCAAAGCAGACGAUGACAAAUCCGAAAGGAUAAAAAAAAUGACAGGAUUUUCCCAAUGAAGGAAAAAUCAAUUCUAAUUUCCCAAUUUUUGAAUUUUUGUUUCAACUUUUUAUUUAACAUUUUUCAAACUUCGUGCUUGACGUUUAAAAAAUGCCAAGAAUAAUUGUUUUUCACCAUUGCAAAGGGUGAUGUUUUCUCUUAAAUUACUUCAUCAGUAUUAUUUCGUAGAAAGAAUUUAUUAAUAUUAAUAUUAAUAAUAUUGAUAAUUGACUAUUUUUGACUGAGUCAAAAUUGAUCAUAGUUACUUAUUAUUUUAUUCUUUUUAUACAGUUUAUUAUAGUUCCUCCAAAAUAUUUAUCAACAGAUUUUAUUAUGAACAAAUUGGAAAAAAAAUAUUGUGUAAAUUUUUGU